CAAAUUUCUCUCUCUUUAUUUCUAUUUCUCUUUCUAGGGUUUCAUUAUUUGUUUUUGAAUCUAGCUGCCGCAAUCAAUCAAUCAAUCGCCAUUGAUAGAAGGAAUCGGAGCUUCUGAUUUAGCUUAAAGGAGGUGUAAAAAAGUAGCUAAUUUGUUGAAUCAGAAGUUAGAAGGAAGUGAUUUGAUUAGAUUUGAUGGAUUUGAAUUCGACAAGUGUAUCACCUGUUAUCACAGAUCCUGCACCAAUUCAUAACUCAAUGCUAGGAAUCAAUUCUAGUUUAUUACCUUAUUCGCAAUCUGGUGUGUUGACAAAACAACGAAAGAGGCCAAUUAAGCUUGAUGAUGUUCGUUCUAAUGGGUGGUUGGAUGCAAUGCAAUCUUCUUCACCUUCUCGGAAGAAGAUAAUUGAUGAUAUCGAGUUUGCAAUCCCUUUAGAAGAUUCUGAAGAUUCUGACAUAAGUUAUGAGUCUUGGUUGCUCAAGUAUCCACCAGCACUGAAUUCUUUCCAGCAUAUCAUGGAUCAGGCAGGGAGUAAGAAGGUUGUUAUAUUUUUGGAUUAUGAUGGUACUCUUUCACCCAUAGUUGAUGAUCCUGAUCGGGCCUUCAUAUCUGACAAUAUGCGAAAUGCUGUUAGGAAUGUUGCCAAGUAUUUUUUGACGGCAAUUAUUAGUGGAAGAAGACGUGACAAGGUGCAUGACUUAGUAGGACUAAGUGAGCUCUACUAUGCUGGUAGUCAUGGAAUGGACAUUAUGGUCCCUGUUAAUGACAAAUUGCCAGCUGAGGAAUCCACCAACCAACAGGGUAGAGAAGUGAACUUAUUCCAGCCUGCUAGAGAGUUUAUACCCAUGAUUGACGAGGUUUUUAGAACCUUUGUGACCAAUACUAAAAGUAUUAAAGGUGCUAAGGUGGAGAAUCAUAAAUUUUGCGCUUCUAUACAUUAUCGUAACGUAGAUGAGAAGAGCUGGCAAGUUAUGGCACAAUGUGUUUAUGACAUUCUAAAGGAAUACCCUCGAUUACGACUAACUCAUGGACGGAAGGUUUUAGAGGUUCGUCCUGCUAUUAGUUGGGAUAAAGGGAAAGCUGUUGAAUUUAUGCUGGAAUCACUAGGGUGUAGUCAAACCGACGAUGUGCUCGCACUUUACAUUGGAGAUGACAAAACGGAUGAAGAUGCAUUCAAGAUAUUGCGAGAGCGAAACCUUGGCUAUGGAAUUCUGGUCUCCCCUAACCCAAAAGAAUCGAGUGCGUCAUUUUCCCUUAAGGAUCCUUCGGAGGUGGAACAAUUCUUGGAAUCUCUUGUGAGAUGGAAGGAAGAGAAGGAAAUGAUCAACACCACUUAAGAAGUAGUAUGAAGAUUAUUAAUAUUGAAGUAUUAUUCUUUAAUUUCUUGGUUUAUCUUAGUAGUUAUAAUUUAAGAUGUAAUGAACUAUUUUAUUUCUGUUUGAGCUCCCCUAUAAAAAAAAUGGUGGGGGAGAUGUGUUAUGUUUGUAGGUUUUUAUUCCUAGUUUGGUUUGGUUAUGAACUAUGUGUGUUUUAUGAAUAUUGUUCACUAUGUAGUUGUUUUUUUAAUGUAGUAAAUAGAGUAUUAUGGUGUUGUUUGUGUUUAUGUUAACAUAGUCAAUUUGUAUGAAUGUUCUUUC